AUCCACUUGAGAGUUAUGCUCUUUCAAUUUACCGUAAAUUACACCCCACUUAAUAAACAAAUUCCUAAUUAACACCCUUAUUACACCACAUUUACCGUAAAAUGAUUUACGAAUUACGAUUUAGUUUUAAAAACAAAAUAUUUUAGUUUGAUUGUAAAAAUUAAUUGCAAAAAUCUUUCCGUUUUACCGGCGGCUACAGAAGCCGUUUCGUAGCUCCUCAUUUGUUUCACUUCACAGAGUUACAGUCUCCAUCUUCAUCAUCAUCAUCAUCCAUUUCUUAACCUAACACGGUAUUAAUUAAUGGGUGUUCUUGAUUUUCACAAUUCGGUUUCUUUCUGCUUGCAACAACGCACACCAAUUUAUUCAUCAUUUGAGGGUUUCAAUCGAAGAAGAAAAUUUGUUGCUAUGUCUUCCACCAUUCCUGUUGAACAAGUUAAUAAUGCUCCUCUUCAGCUCACUGCCGAUUCCUUUAUUAGACAACAUCUUAGGGAAUUGGCUCCUUAUCAACCCAUUUUACCUUUUGAGGUUUUAUCUUCUCGUCUAGGACGCAAGCCUGAGGAUAUUGUCAAGUUAGAUGCUAAUGAAAAUCCGUACGGUCCCCCUCCAGAGGUCAUGGAAGCCCUUGGGUCAAUGCAAUUCCCAUAUAUCUAUCCCGAUCCAGAAAGUCGCCGAUUGCGUGCUGCUCUCGCCCUAGAUUCAGGCCUUGAAUCUGAAUACAUUCUUGUAGGUUGUGGUGCGGACGAGCUUAUUGAUUUGAUCAUGCGUUGUGUGCUUGAUCCUGGUGAUAAGAUCGUGGACUGCCCUCCAACUUUCACAAUGUAUGAAUUUGAUGCUGCAGUUAAUGGAGCACAUGUCAUCAAAGUUCCAAGGAGGCCAGAUUUCAGCUUGAAUGUGGAAAGCAUAACUGAGGUUGUUAAACAAGAGAAGCCCAAAUGCAUAUUUUUAACUUCUCCAAACAAUCCAGAUGGGAGUAUAAUUGAUGACGACGAUCUCUUAAAGAUACUUGAGCUUCCCAUACUGGUGGUUCUUGAUGAAGCGUACAUUGAGUUUUCGAGAAUUGAAUCAAAGAUGAGUUGGGUGAAGAAACAUGAGAAUCUGAUUGUUCUUCGGACAUUCAGCAAAAGAGCUGGUUUAGCUGGACUUCGUGUGGGAUAUGGAGCUUUUCCUUUGAGUAUAAUCAAGUAUCUUUGGAGAGCAAAGCAACCUUAUAAUGUAUCUGUUGCUGCUGAGGUUGCUGCAUGUGCAGCAUUGCAAAAUCCUACCUAUCUAGAGCAUGUCAAAGAUGCUUUGGUGAAAGAAAGAGGGAGGCUUUUUGACCUUUUGAAGGAAGUUCCAUUCCUUAGGCCAUUUCCAAGUCAUUCUAAUUUCAUUCUUUGUGAGGUUACACCUGGAUUGGAUGCAAAGAAGCUAAAGGGUGAUCUUGCAGAGAUGGGCGUGAUGAUUCGCCACUACAGCAACAAAGAGCUUAAAGGGUACGUUCGAGUAUCUGUUGGGAAGCCUGAACAUACAGAUGCACUUAUGAAGUGCCUCAACAAACUAUUAUAGAAGGAAAAUUAAUAUGUGAUCGAGAUAUUAUAAACAGCUUCUCUUAAAUAACAUUCAUAAAUACAUGAUGAGAAGUUGACCAUAUUUAUAUUUUAUAUUUAUAUUAAAGGCUAGUUAUUUAAACAAUUAUGAUUCAAUCUCAUACUCUUAACCUUGGAUUCUCUGCAUUCAAAAUUAUACCAUAUAAAAAGUUAAAUGGUAAGAUAUUUUGGGAUUUGGAUUUGACGCAAUAGUGGCGUCAUGCA